GUUGUGCCAAGGUAGAUGAUGGCAUCCAGCUGCUUGUAGAGAUGUUUCCAUCCUGCAGUCUGUCAGUCAUGCACAAAGCUCUGUCUGUGGCUAAAGGCAACUUGGAUUAUGCCGUGCAGUUAAUAAUGGAGGGUGCGGUGAAGCAACCCAACACUGCGACUAUGGAGGAAACUCAUCCCAAAACAGAUAAGAAGAUCAAAGCGAGCAUCUUGGAGAAGUAUAUGAUGGUGGAUAAUGAGGAUGAUGUCAAAACAUACAAGCCAAUUGCACCUAAAGAGGCUCCCAAGAAGCUUAUCCGAUACAUGGACAACCAAGUGGUGAGCACCAAGGGGGAACGAUACACUGAAGUCAAGAAAACUGAAAGUGAGGAAAUGAAGAAAACCUACAUCAACCUUAAACCUGCCAGGAAAUAUAAAUUCCACUGAGAUGCCAGUUGAGUGCUUCCUGCCAAAUCCUCAGUCCCAGCAUGGGCUAACUUCAUUCCCUUGCUUCCUGUAUCCAAUACAGCUCAAGGAUAAAAUCCUUUUCCUUUAGAACUGGACAAUGGGUGGGGUAAGAGUGCAAAGCAUACAUUUUCUCUUUCUUACAAAGGGGUCUAUGUCACUCAACUACUAAGAACACUGAUUUCCUUGUUAAGACCCCAGCACUUUUUUUUUUUUCCCACUGUACAUCAAUACUGUGAGCACUGCACUGUUGCAGCCUUGGGCUCUGCAUCUGGUGGUAUACAAAUGCAAUAACAUUGUACAGCUGAAUUCUGACACACUGCUUCAGAACAGCAUUAUCUAAACAUAGCCUUGAUGUCAAUACUUCAGUAGUUUUUCUUUAACUCGCUUCCCAUAGGAUGUAAAGAUUUGUGGGUUUGAAUGGAGUAUUUUGUUUAAAAAUUGUCCCUCUGUCAAUUGAUUGGUCAAGCAUGGGACACGUCACCAAUCCAUUGGUAAUCUCAAACUGUUUUAUUACUCUUUGUGCUCGCUUCAGAGGCUACUAUGACCAACAGAGCACCUUUAAAGGAAAAGUAAAGUCAUUUCAUUCAGAUGCCUCUAGCUGAAACUAUACAGAGAUGAUCAUUGAGCUUCCUUUGAUAAAUUGGUCCAGAUGGGAUUCACUUCUUGUUAGAGGAGCUAAAGACUGUAUUUUUAAUGAGGAAAGCUGCUUCCCUUUUAAAGAAUUUAUUGAGUGGAGUAGCCUAGUUGUUUUAAAUUAUUUUAUAUUAAUAGAACUAAAAUUAGGUUUGUUAGCAGGCUUACAAUGGUUCAUUAAAGAAUAGGAGCAAGAAAGUUUGAACAUGUUGCAGAUGCACAGUGAUCAGGAUGAAAAUUUUUCAGUAAACGUGGUCACAUUGUGUCCAGAGCUAUACCUCAUCAGCUGGAAUUUGGUUAACAUAUAAUAUUAGUAUAGCACGUUAAAAAUGAGGUGAUUUUGUACAUAAUGAUUGAAACAAUGGGGGUGAGUUGAGGGUUGAGAUGGUUUUGUUUUAAUCACUGUACCUGUCUUUGAAAGAAUAUAGCAAUCUGUAAAGAAUUUGUACUGCUUUUAUUAUAAUCUGUUCCCUUAUGUUUACAGUGUGUAUGAUGUUCUGUGGUACUACUGUUCACACCCAGUAAAUUUGCUGUGUUGUUUCUCAGUAAUAAAAUGGGUUUUAAUAGUUUUGCUAUCA